UCAAGUUUCAAGGUUCUUUUUUUGGGCCGAAACACCUUACUAGCACAAAUGGCUUUGGUUUCAACUCAGAAACUGCCCAAGUAUUCUACUUCUACCCGUGGAAAGCUUACCUUACCACAAGAUGUAGUUGGGAACGUACCUAUUCUUUUUCCUCCAGAACUACAAAAUGCAGGAAAGGCUAAAUUGAAUAUGUUUUUGGAAGUUCCUAAUGAGGGUAGUCGCCCAUUUGUAGCAACCGCGUCACUCCAAAAACUUAGGAAAAAAGGGGAAAAUGGUGUGAGAGUGGUUCUCUUGGCGAGUGGGUGGAAGCCUAUUGUUAGGGAACUUCAACUGAAAAAAGGAGACACGGUGAGUAUUUUUCUCUUAAAUAACAUGUCGUGGACUUAUUUAAUUGAAGUGCAAAGGGCUCCAGAGGCCGACCGAAUUGAUGAAGUUGAUGCCAUGGAUGAGCACGUAGUACAGGAAGAGGCUCCAAUAAGGAUGGAAUUUGACCUGAACGAGCCUGUCCAACUCGACAUGGAGAGCAAUCUGAACCAACCGAAUCAACAGGUAAGGAUGGAGUUCGACCUCAAUGAACCGGCACACCCCCACAUGGAGAUCAAUCUCAACGAUGAAGACUGAAGGAUGGGAGCAGGAGAGUGGAUUGGUUCUUUGUUGGACAACCUUGGAGAUUUACUUAUAAGACCUUUCUACGGCCAUUACCUAUUUUCAAAAAAGACCUUUCUACGGAAGUGGCAGAAGUGUUGUUUUCUUUUAGCAUGUAUUGGUGUUAGUGCUGUUGUCGAUGUUGUUCUUCCUUGGGACUGGUUGCUUCUUUUUUUUUUUUAAUGUUUGGGAUUGGUUUUUUUUUUUUUUUAAUGUUUGUUUGUGAUAUUAUAUAUAUAGAAUGGAGUGUUUAUUUAAAAAUGGAAAACUUGAACUUAGAUUUCCUUUUUGUUUUUAUGGGAAUUUAGACUUCUUUUUUCGUUUUAUCCGAUUUGAGUAAUUCA